UGUCCAUGCGUUUCAACCAGCCGUCCUAUUCUCAGAUGGGCAUGGGAGCAGGACCAAACUCUUACUUCCCCUUCAACGUGGCUGCUUUGGCCUCCAUGAGUAACCAACAGUUGGAGGAUUUGAUUAACCAGGGCAGGCUGAAAGUGUUGGAAGCCACUAACGCUCUGAAGUCAGUGCCCAGGGAACCACUGGAGGACAUCAUCGCGCAGGUGUGGAAGGAGAACCCGAGUUUACCCGAGGCCCAGGUUCAGUCCAUGGCUCUUGGGAGGCAGGCUGGCUACGAGCUGGAAAUCAAACACAGGGAGGCUAUUUACCGUGAUGUCCUCGGCAAGCAACAAACUCUGAUGAUGUACGUGCAGAAGGUGAUCUCCAACCGUAAGGUGCAGGAGCAGCAGCUGGCCAUGGCGAGGCAGGGUCUGCUGCUCAAUCAGCUGGCCAUGCAGAACGGUCUUACUGGCCCCAUAAAUCAGAUGGAUCUGCUGGGCUUGUACCAGCAGCUCGGGGCGCUCCAGGGCCUCCCCUCCUCACAGCUGGGCAAGAACCCGGGCCCGUCUAAGGGCCUGUAGAUGCCUCGGCCCGUCGGUGUACACACAGCUGGACUGAUUCAGCCAGGACACCUACUCGAGCUCCUCGGUAACGAGAGGGCAUCCUGGGACUUUUUGGCAGUGCAGUUUGUCAUUUUGUGUAUAUAGCCUUAAUGUUAUUCAAGUUUUUUUGUUUGUUUUUUUCCUCUCUCGCGUAUUUAAGAUUGAAGAA